CUUUUAAUUUGCUGUGCCUAUGUAUACCGCAAAAUAAUGUGCAACAUAUUCUAAAAGUGAAGGUGAAUAGAAUAUUAAUAAACAAGACUUACUUCUAUUUUACUUUCUUGUUUUAGAUGGAGAUUGCCACUGAAAUUGGGCUGCAGUACAAAGGAGAAAUAAUAGUUGCUUUACGGUACACCCCACCUGAGAGGAACCUAACACUUCCCCUGGGAGAGAUUCAAGGAAAGAAGAGUUCAAAGAAAGAAAAGAAGUCAACCUCACAAGCACCAUCAGGAGGCAUGUUGGAAAUUGUCAUCAAGGAAGCCAAGAAUUUAAUGGCAGUGAAAUCAGGAGGCACUUCAGAUACAUUUGUGAAAGGAUACUUGCUUCCUGACAACAAAUCUUCAAAGCAUAAAACCCAUGUAAUAAAAAAGAGUGUGAAUCCCCACUGGAAUCAUAUAUUCAGUUUUAGUGGCUUGAACCCUAGAGAUAUAUACAAUGUCUGUGUAGAACUCACUGUUUGGGACAAGGAGCCUCUCACCAGCAACAUUUUCCUGGGUGGUGUUCGUUUGAGUAUUGGAAGUGGUAUAAGCAAUGGCAAAGAAGUUGACUGGAUGGAUUCUCAAGGAGAAGAGCGCCUUCUUUGGCAAAGAAUGAUUGAUUGUCCUGGAGAUUCUGUAGAAGGUGUAUUAAUGCUGAGAUCCAGCAUGGGGAAACACAGACUCUGAGGAGUAUGGUUUGCAUAAGACUGAUACUACAGUAGUGUAAUUUUAAAUUGUAAUAAGCAGGGGUGGGAUUCAAAUUUCUUAACAACUGGUUCUGUGGGCAUGGCCUAAUUUGUGGAUGUGGC